CCAACGUCCAGGGGACCCGGCAGCGGCCAGUUCUUGCCCAGGUGACUGGACAACAACUUCAGAUCACCGGCAAACCCGAGCAGCCUCACUGGCAAACACCACAUCAACACAUGUGAUGCUGCUGCUUGGCAGCCGAUGAGGCCCCGCGAUGCUGGCAGAUCGAGCUGCCGCCCAGCCCGCCAGCCCGCCUUGCGAUGAACCUAUCCAGGCCCGACGUCACAAGAACCGGACAUUACAGGACGUCCGCCCGCGGCAGCCUCUUCCAAUAGCCCAAGCUGUGCCUACCAUGAUCUCCAAGAUCGUCAGGGGAUCCAGCCAACAGGAUCGACCAACCAUGUGCCCAAUGACGGACAGCCUCUGUGUGCGCGUCUGCAUUAGGUCUCCCCUAGCUGUAGUAGGGCAUACGCUUUGUUAUUGCGCCGUGCUAUUUUGGAUUGACGGGCAAGACGGGCCACCCCCUGGCAUGGCUUACAAGGCCCUUACCCCUGGCGCUGCCGACGCCGACGCCAGCCACCUCCACGACACGGCACCUGGGGUCACGCUAUAGCACUUUGAAUAAUCCGGCGGCGGCGCAGUCACGCCUUGCUACCUGGGUAGGUUACAUUUUAAAUGAAGUCUAUGCUCAUGGCGUUGAGUGCGACGGGUUCAAAAGGCGAGCAUACUCCGUAGCAAGUCAACCCUCUCGAGUUCAUUCCACCAACACAACUCCUGUUCAUAUUCACCUACUCCUCCUCUCCCCCCCCCCUUGCUACGCUGUUACUACACCAAGACCGGAACGACAAUAUUCUCUUUUAGCAGCAGCAAGCUUAUAGCUUCUACCCUUCACACAUUCACCAUGAAGCUGUCUCUGUACACCCUCACUUUCCUGGCCGGCACUGCUGUCGCAACAUGGGGUACCGGUGGCGGUGGUGAUGAUGGUGAUGAUGGCGACAAGGACAACUGCGAGGACUACGGCAACAAGGGUGGCUGGAAGAGGUUCCUCAACGGCCGAACCUGGGGCCACGGCGGCGGUGACAAGGACUGCACAACCAAGGACUCUGGCGAGCACACAAAGACUCACGGCCACGGCGGCGGCGGCGGCGAGAUGACCUACUCCACCAUCUAUGCCACCCAGACUCACACAAUCACAUCAUGUGCCCCCGACGUGGAUGACUGCCCCGGAGAGCAAUACACCACAGUUACCGUCGCCGUCUCGACAACGCUCUGCCCAGUCACCGAGACCCAGCCCAUCCCAAUCCCGGUCCAGACUCCUCCCGUCGCACCCCCACCAGUCCCGACAACUCCUAUCGCGACGCCGCCCGCGCCGCCCGUUGUCCCGCCCGUUGUCCCAUCACCAAACCCAUCCACGCCCGUCGUCGUGCCACCCGUGCCCACCACCCCGGCGACCCUGUCCACACGGACAUCAAUCAGGCCUACCGCCUCGCUUCCCAGCAACGGCACGACGACCGCAACGCGCCCGCCCGUCGUCACGGCUGGCGCUGCCUCCAACGGUGUCGGUGCUGGCGUGGCCUUGGCCGCCUUGCUCGCCGCCAUGGUCUAA